CUAUGACAACUCAAAAUGAAAAUGAUUCUACUUUGUCUUAUCAACCUCAAAUUAAUGAUACAUUUAAAGAACAUGACGAGUUUGUCAACAAAAUUAAAAACUAUGCACAUGAUGAAAAUCCUAAAAAAGAACGAAAUCGAGCAUCUCAACGUUAUGGUUGUUCUUUUUAUAUUCGUGCCUCUUUAAAUAGUACUAAUGAAUUAUUACGUCGGGCUAGUGUAGAUGUUCCAACGAUACGUGCAAUAUUAAAGGAAGAAUUCAGAGAUCAUGUUACAUGGGUAUAUGAUGAUAUCUACAAUUUUAUUUAUUAUUUAGAAGGAUCUCCUGAAAAAAGAGAGUUAGAUGCUGAGGAAUUUACUAAAAUAUUAGAACAAUUUAAGUAUGAUAAUAAUGAACUAGAGCGAGUAAUAUGGAUGUUUCCUGAACAACGUAUGAAUUAUAGUAGGUUUAAUGAUAUAAUAGUUUAUGAUAACACUUACAAAACCAAUCAUUUUAAGAGGCCAGUCGGGAUUUUUACUGGAGUAAAUAAUUAUGGAUAUAGUGUAUGUUUCGCCGGUGCAUUAAUGAUUAAUGAAACGGAAGAAAAUUUUUCAUGGAUUUUUACUAAAUUUCUUGAAAUGAUUAAUCAUCAUGCACCAAAUGUUAUUCUUACAGAUGAAGAUCACGCAAUAGCAAAUGCUUAUGCAAGAAUUCUGCAACCUUUGGGUACAAAACAUCGAUUAUGCCAAUGGCAUUUAAUGAAAAAUAUAAUGAAGAAUUUAAAUGCAAAACUUGGUACAAAUUGGUCAGCAUUUAUAAAAGAUCUUUAUAAAUGCUUUGGAGAAAUGGAUAUUUCAAACUUUCUUACACAAUGGGAUACACUUAAAACACUUUAUCCACCAGCAGCAUCUUAUUUGUUACGUAUGGAGAAAACAAAGGAAAAGUGGGCAGCAUGUUUUAAUUGCGAUACUUUUAUGGCAGAUAUGACAACCACACAACGUGGAGAGUCUAUGAACAAUAUGAUGAAAGGUUAUUUAGAUGUGAAUACAUCUCUUACUGCAUUUAUAUCAGUAUUUCAAUCAGCACUAGAUACACAAAAUGAAAAAACUGAGUUCCGAAUAUUUCAACAAAAUAAUUUUAAUGUUAUCUAUAAAACUACAAGUUUAUACGAACAAGAGCUUCCAACUAGUCUUUUUUAUGAUCGAUGGAAAAAAAAUCCAAAUGAAAAAGAACUUAUCAGUAAUUACAUCACCUUUAUAACCUCAACUCCAUUGCAGCAGCCGACACUAGAUAAUGAAUCGAACAAUUGCCAAAAUGAUCAAUAUAUGUUUACUCGAUUGUUACAAAAAAUACAACGAUUUGUAUUACAAAAUCCAAUAAUGGCUACAACACUAUAUACACCUUUUAAUGAAAUAUUUACCACUGAAAUUGAAAAAACUAAUAGAACACGAUCUGACAGUUCAAAGAUUACACCAACAAUAAAAAAUCUAUUAACAGUACAAAAUAUACCGGAACUACAAGAAUCUAUCACUUCUAGUAUAACACAUGUGGACCCAUUAUACGAGCUUCAAGAUCUUAAUACUGAAACAAUGUAUUCACAAGGCUCUAGUUCUUCAAGCCAGUAUUUUAUUGGAUCAGAUUUUUUAUCUGAUGAAUUGAACUUAGAAAAAAGUCAAAAUGAGAAAGAACGAUGUCAAUAUUGUGGUGAAACUCUACCAAAUCCACUACCAUCAAAAGUUUUAGAAUAUUUGAAUGAUAUAGCUAUGAAAAAAAAUGAACAAUAUGAAUUUUGCUGGGUUCAUAGAGGAGAAGGAAUAAUUAUUCCUUAUGGAAUUGAGAAAGGAUAUCCACUAAAUAUAGACUUCAUAGAAUUACCUAAUCGGAUUACAAAGUUGAAAUAUGAGUUGCUAAAAAUUAUAAAAGGCUCACGAUAUAGUGAAUUUCGUGUAAAUUCAAUUAAAAGAAUUCAAGAAAAUGGAAUAUCAAAAGCCAAUAAUUCAUUGCUGCAAAUCAACUAUUUCGAAUCUUAUCAGGGUUUAGCGGUUAUUUUAAAAACUUUAACGGAAAUGUUUGUCGAGACUAAAAUAUUAACUACAAAUCUUUGUGCACCGCAAUCAUCCUCUCAAUAUUUGGCACAAGUUUUGGUUCUGGAAACAGCGAUCAGACUUAUUGCAGAGGAUUUUGAUAAUAUUUCUUUAGAAGCCGCAAAAAACAUUAUGGUUGAUAGCGUUGAGUUUGGACAAUAUGUUCAUGAUGAUAGUAAUUGA